AUGGUCCAUGAAUAUCCUUUUAGCAUUGUUGAAGAUGACGUUUGGAUGUGGGGUUUCCAAUAUGAAAACUCAAAUUUUCAUAAGGUUACUCAUAAAACAAUAAGGAGUGAUUGUGUGGCAUUAUUUGAGAGGGAGAAGAAAGUGUUGAAGAAAAUUUUAGAAAGUGCGGUAAAGAUAAGUUUAACUACUGAUAUGUGGAAAUCUAGCCACCAGGUAGUUGAGUAUAUGGUUAUCACAGGACAUUUCAUUGAUUCGGAAUGGAAUCUUCAAAAAAGAGUUUUGAGUUUUGUGAAAGUCCCUGCAGCAAGGCGUGGAAUUGAUGUGGCUGAUUCUAUUUAUAAAUGUUUGAAAACUUGGUGGAUUGAAAAUAAAGUUUUUUCAGUAUCUGUUGAUAAUGCCUCUUAUAAUGAUUCAUGUUUAAGAUGUCUCAAAGAUGAUUUAUCUCUAACUAGUAAGUUAAUCCUUGAUGGCUCUUUGUUUCAUGUUAGAUAUUGUGCUCAUAUAUUGAAUUUUUUGGUGCAAGAUGGUCUUAGUAAAAUUAAGGACAUCAUUUUCAAUAUUCGUGAAAGUGUCAAGUAUAUUAAUCACAAUGAUGGAAGACUAAAGGCAUUUUGUGAUGUGGUUGAGCAGAAAGGUUUGAAAGAAAGGAAACUCGUUAUUGAUUGUCCAACAAGAUGGAAUUCAACCUUUAAUAUGUUGUUAACUGCUUUGAAUUUUAAGAUUGCAUUUGCAGCCUAUAAAGAAAGAGAGCCUCAUUAUGAUUAUGCCCCUUUGCCUGAAGAAUGGAACAAAGUUGAGAAAGUUUGUAAACUUCUAGAAGUGUUUAAUCGUGCUACUCAUGUUAUUUCAGGUAGUGAGUAUCCGACUGCAAAUUUGUAUUUGUCUAAAGUUUGGAAGGUGAAAGAAAUACUUGUUAAGGCGGGUGAAGAUGAAGAUCUCUUCAUGAGAGAAAUGGCAGGUCCAAUGAAAAUAAAGUUUGACAAAUAUUGGGGGGAGUGUAAUAUGUUGAUGGCUAUAGCUAGUGUUUUGGAUCCUAGGUGCAAAUUUCAUAUGGUGCGUAUAUGUUUUCCCAAGAUUUAUAAAUCUAAAGCAGUUGCUGAUGAGAAUAUAAUGAAGGUUAGGUGUUCAUUGGAAGAGUUAUAUGAUGAGUAUGUAGCUCUAUCUUUGGCAGAGUCUUCGUCUUCUGUUGUUAAUUUGGAUAGUAAUAAUUCAUCAUCUUCUCAAGUAAAUGUCGUAGCUUUCAAAACUGGAUUUGAUGAAAUUAUGAGCAUUAUUCAAGAAAGUGAAGCCAUUUCUCCAAUAAAAUCCGAAUUGCAAGAUUAUCUUGAUGAAGGUAUUUACAUUCCUAAAAGUGCCUCUUUUUGUGCUUUGGACUGGUGGAGGAACAAUAGCAUGAAAUAUAAGAUAUUAUCUAAGAUGGUUGCGGAUAUACUAGCUAUUCCAAUCUCAAUUGUGGCUUCUGAGUCCACAUUCAGUGCUGGAGGUAGAGUUAUUGAUGAACACCGCUCUAAGCUAAAUCAAGAAUCUGUUGAAGCUCUCAUUUGCGGUGGGGAUUGGUUUCGUCAGAAGUAUAAUGUGAAGAAAAAAUCAAAGUAUGAAGGUAGUACGCAGCCUGUCAAGGGUCGUACUACAUUGAUCAAAGGAACAUCCUAUCACUCAUAUCAUGAUGACAAGAUAUCAGAAGAUCGAAAAAGCGGUGAUGAGUUUUGUAUUGCGGAUGGUGAUUUUCCCGCAAAUUAUGAUCAUAUGGCUUACAUGCGAUCAAUUCUCAAGGACCCAACAGUUCUUGACAAGCCAAAUGAAACCAUAACUGCCGAGCAUCUCAAGAGAAAUCCUAGACUUCUAAAUUGGAUUAUCUCCCGUAUCAUUCGACCACGGUCAGGUGGAUACUCUAGGAUUGAAAGGAAUGAGAUAAUAUUGAUGUAUUUGCUGGAAAAUAGGACUCGUGUUCACUGGCCACAUUUUUUGGCCAACAAAUUCUAUGAAGUCAAGAAUAAAACCACGGCCUUAUGCUAUGGAUCGAUAAUUCACAAAAUAGUGAAUCACUUCACAUGA